GAAGUUGUUGAACAGUACGGCGCUCUACUAGAGGUACACUAUGCUGUUUUUGUCCUUCUGCCUUUGGUGCUCAGCACUAGCCUUUCCGAGCCAAAAUCGACCCAGUGUGGACUACGUCACAGUUUAUCCCAUCGUGUAUGAAGACCGAGAGGACGACCAAAAGAAAGUCGUAGUUUUUGAGUACCAGCAUUCCAUGGAAUUGAAGAGAGCUUCUGUCCUAGCCCCCACGGUUCUGCUUCGAGAUUACAAAGACAACGGAACGACUGACCAAUACGUCAGUGGAGCCCACUAUGAACGCCAUCUUUAUGAAAACGCUGCCCAUAAAGCCUCCUUGCUGGUAAAACCACAGAAAGGAGGACGCUAUCAUAUUGUGGGCUUCGUUAACUCAACGCACAGCAUAGAACCAGUGAAUGACCGAAUGGAUUUACAGAACGGAAUUCCCCACAGAAUAUCACGAAUUCCCACAUCGACAGGGAGUGUUUGCCGUAAUAUUAUAAAAGCGAGAUCUCGCACAACCACCAGCGUGCCCUUCGCAGAAGCGAGAAACGGACCCGUUAAACAUGUCAUCGAGACUUACCUCCUUAGCGACUCCACUCACACAGAGGGUCUGCGACAGCAUCAGCUCGACCCAAUGGAGUACUUCCUUACCUUCAUGUACAAGGUGAGCCUGGACUUGCAGCAGUUAGGAUCCUCCUGUCUGGAUCACACUUACAGGACACCAGGGAACACAUACCAAAACUGCCUCAUACGAAAGUCGCACGCCAAGUGGAGAUCUGCACGACAGAGAGACAUUGAAAAAACUAAAGCUGUAUGCUUUGGAACAAGCUUUCUUUCAGAAUUCUGAUUUGGUCGUUAUGUUCACACAGUCUGCGUUGGUUGAAGAAGGUGAUCCACCAACCUUAGGAAUUGCCUACCGUGAAGGAGUUUGCACCGACUACAGGGAAGCUGUUGUUAAAGAUGCGGGCAUAAGAAACAGUGGAGUGUACGCAGCGAUUCACGAAAUUGGACAUACGCUCGGCUCUUAUCACGAUGGUGUGGGCACCUCAGUGGACUGCCCCGCCACGGAUGGAUAUAUAAUGAGUCCUCUGGAUAACGUAGCGCACCCUGAUGAAUUUUCGCGUUGUAGCAAGACUGCCAUUGCAAGCUACCUAAAACACCCGGAUACAAGCUGCCUGCGAUAUCGAACAGCAAGCAAAAGUUCCCGCCUGUUGCCCCGUGCGAUGGCGCCUUUGAUAAAUGAAAAUAAGGCAUAAGGCAACAAUUUCUGCUGUGCAACACGUAAAAACUCAUCGUAACUUGAACUGCGUGAGCUUGAUGUCCAGUAAAAGGUAUUUGACUU